AUGAGUAACAGACAGCGGGCGAGAGGGAAGUUGGACGCUGACUUGCAUGUGGUGUGCUCAUUCAUUACUCUGCCGGCAACAACCGAUCAGGUAGUGAUAUUGAGUCGUCGGUUGGUGCUGGUGACAAGACAACUGUGGAUCGCUGGCCGUUCGUUCGACGGUGUCGCUGUCGAAGACGAAAUCCGCGGUUCUACCGGCCGGCGGCAGAUGGCCAUUUUUCCAGCAACGCGGCGAAGGGAAGCGUCGCAACAACCGGUCAGUGUCAGGGGCGAGAGCGACACCGGCAGCGGAAGCGGCAGCAGUCAAGCGUUGAGUUUCCAUUGGAAGGCGACGGAGAACGCGAUGACGCUGAAGUACAACAACGGCGGAUCUGAAAUGGCUCACUCAUGCCCGACCCUCGGUUUGACUCAACUGAGCUUGGUUAGGCAGCUCGAUGGCUUUGGACUCAGUGGUUCGCUGGUUCGCUUCAAGUCGUUUGGCGGUAUGACGAAGGUCCUCCGUUAUGUUCACUGCGUGUUCACGUUGCUCGAUGCCAGUGUGCGCCAAUCAAUGAACGAUGGUGCUGCUCACUGCUUUCGCGGUCGCACCUGCAAGAGCUAA